AUGGCGACUGCACGUCGCUCAGAAGCUUCGUUCGGUGACGUCUUAGACGGCGUAGCAGUGGAUGUGGUGGACUAUCGUCAGGAGAAAUGGUGCAGGGUUUUCAUGCCAGCUUUGCGUACUUUCCACUCACUUUUCGGCCACACCGAAGUGCCCGAGGAGUUCGUGGUGCCUCGUGCAAGUCCCCCGUGGCCUGAAGCAGCGUGGGGCCUGCACCUGGGCCAAGCUAUCAGUCGCAGUCAAGACACCAAGAGACUUUACAGUUCCCAAGUAGCAAAAUCUCUACAAGAAUUCCAGAAUUUAGGAUUCACCUGGAAAGUGACGAAUGCAGCAGAUCGAUCUUGGAAGCAUCAGGUGCUACCGGCAUUACGAGAAUUCCACCAACAACGCGGUCACACUCACGUCAUGAGCAGUUUUGUCGUGCCGGAGUGGGAACCGUGGCCGAAAGAUUCGUGGGGGUUAAAUCUAGGGGCGAUCGUCAAGCGAGUUCGAGCAGGACGCAGUUUCGUCGAUCAGGCUACAAGAGAUAGCGACAUGCUGGACAGGUUGGGCUUCCUAUCGGACCCGAGAGAUGUCGAGUGGCAAGGGCGUAUUUUACCGGCGUUGGUAACUUUCGCGGACGAAUAUCGAAACGAUGAACCCAUGGCGUUCGACUUUGUCGUUCCAGCGACGCAACCAUGGCCCAAGCAGACAUGGGGACUGGAACUCGGCAUGUUUUUGAGAGACUCGCAGAGGAGAGAGCAGUAUUUCGUACAGAUUGUACGAGAUGCGACGGUGCUGGACGGUUUAGGCUUCGAGGUUUGUCUUUCCGUCGCGACGUGGGAGCGCCAAGUUGUGCCGCUUUUGACGCUUUUCUCGACCAUUUUCCCGAAUCAAACGGCAGUACCCGUAGAUUUUAUGAUUCCACACGAACGGCCUUGGCCGAGAAAGAUGUGGGGGCUGAAACUAGGGAAAAUUGCCGCGCAGAAUCCGGAUCGCAUGGCUGCGAUGAUGAGCGAAUGGAAACAGCGAAAUGAGGCUGCGGAGUCGUUUUCUGUGGUGUCAGACAACAGGAGUAUGCAAUGGAAAACCAGGAUUUAUCCUGCUCUGGUCACGUUUGUGCAAGUGUUUGGAGACUGUCGACUUGGAGGCCAAUUCACGGUUCCUUCCGAAGCUCCGUGGCCCAAGCAGACGUGGGGAUUGAAACUUGGAGGUAGAAUCGCUGACUAUGUGAAGAACGGCUCGUACUUUCAGCAAGUAGGACAGGACGCCGAUCGCUUGGACGCGCUUGGAUUCUCCUUCAAGUUGUUGGAAACGCCCUGGAUGCAACACGGGGCUCCGUUGGUCGACACCUUUUCGAUGGCUCAUCCGCGUACUGUGGUGCCUGAUUACUUUGUGGUUCCAUCUAAAGCUCCGUGGCAAGAAUCGACGUGGGGGAUCAAACUAGGGAAGCUCGUUCGAUGGAAUUCUCAGCUCAUGACUGACAUCGAGAGCAAGUGGAGAGUGCAAGUGCUAAAAGCUGUUGAAGUUUACCAGAACGAACAUGGAGACAUCAACGUUGGGGAGAAGUUCGUGAUUCCGUCACAGUCUCCGUGGCCUUCGAAGACGUGGGGGAUGGAUCUAUCAAGGAUAUUACAGCGUCUCCGUACUGGUGAAUAUUACGACGGCCAUGUGGCUAUAGCCAGAAAUUCCGUCGUCAGACUCCAGCAAAUGCUUCAUCAACGUCGAGACGAAGCGUGGGAGUCCAUUUUCAUAGCUUUUAAAAUGUUUUUCAAGAGGUUUCGACACUGCGACGUCAAGCCUCACUUCGUCAUCCCGGCCAAUCUGUCGUGGCCCAAGCCUGUGUGGAACUUACAGUUAGGGCAGAUUGUCGACAAGAUGAAGACGACAGGCAACUUUUUCUCUCACGUUGGUCGCUACGCGGACCAGUUGAGCAAAUUGGGCUUCACUCUAACGUUCUCUAACGUGGCAUGGGACAAGAAAGUCGCUCCUCUAAUCGCUACGUUCGCGAGCCUUCAUCCCCAAGACACGAUUCCAUGGGAUUUUGACUGGGGGUUCACUAUACCGGCCAAGGAACCGUGGCCUGAAUACGCAUGGGGAGUUAAUCUCAGUGUUCUUGUGCAGUGGAACUGGGGUCGUGUAAAGGCGAUCGAGCGUGAUUGGAGGGCUCAAGUGCUGCUGGCGAACCUCGUUUACUCGUAUGAGAACGGGAACAAGAUUCUUCGAGAUAAGUUUGUGGUUCCUUCUCGCUCUCCAUGGCCUCACAAGACGUGGGGUCGAGAACUUCGACAUAUCCUUACGUGCGUUCAAGUGGGGCAGCAUUACAGUGGCCAUAUCGCAAUCGCUAAUUUCCACUCUAACGAGGCAUGUGCUGGCGAGAAUGAACAGUGGAGAGCGAGGAUUUUUCCUGCGCUUCACACGUUCGCUAUGGUGUUCGGACACUGUUCAGUCCCGAAGAAUUACGUAGUUCCAUCGGAAUCUCCAUGGCCGAAGCAGACUUUCGGGUUGCAGUUAGGGAUCAUUACAGCGGAGAUAGAGUCGAGCGGACUCUACUUCGCUGACGUUGGCCUGAAUGCAGAUCGGUUAGAGACGUUCGGCUUUAGAUACAAACUGGCAGACACACCGUGGCAGGAACACGUCGCUCCAUUACUGAAGAUCUACGCGACUCAGUAUCCCCACGAGAUUCUACCGGAAGACUUUGUGGUGCCUCCAAAAAGGCCGUGGCCUGAGGAGCUUUACGGUUUGAGACUCGGGAAACUUAUGGCGUGGUCGUCUUGCUUCACAUGGAGCUACAAAGCCGAGCGAUGGAAAGAGAGGAGAAUGCCCCAGAAUACGACACUAGCUGGAGAGUAUGGCUACUGCAGAGUCCCCACUACUUUUAAAGUUCCCAGUGAGCUGCCCUGGCCCAAGCAAAUGUGGAGUCUGCGGAUCAAAGUUUAUCUCCGUCAGCUGAACCGUAAAGGGGAUUUCUUCUUGUCUGGAGGUCUGCAACAAGCUCUAACAAGCGAGGAGGACGUGGGGUUUAAAUACACCGCACAAGUGGAGCAGAUCGGCAGGAAAAUGGAGGUUUCGGAACCUCAAAGCUGCUUGAGGAAGCGUCCACUACCUGAUGCGAAUGGCCCGCGAAGAGAAGGCUGGGUCGGCUGCUACUCGCCUGAAGCGCGUAAGAAACGCGUCCAGAGAUACCUGAAUAAGCGACAAGAACGCGUGUGGGUCCGAGAGGUGAAAUACGACGUACGCAAGAGCUUCGCAGACACGCGACUGCGAGUUCAAGGCCGAUUCGUGGCUCGAGAGGACGAGAAAACCAUUCGAGAACUGCUUAGCUUUACGUGA